UAGGUGCUGGCCGAGUCAGAAACGCAACCACCAUUGUAUAUAUUCUCUACUAAAUUACGAAGUACACCAAACUACUGAUCUCAACCUUCUCGCCAUGUCCAUUGCCACCCAAACCAUUCUGCGCCCCUUUGUGGUUCACCCCGUUGGCCCCCAUCUUAGACGGCAAGCCCAGUUCUGCUUACGAGCGAGCUCGGCCGAAGACGUUAAUUGGGAGAAGAAUCGGGAGACUAGCAAGAGGAGGAGGUAUAAGAAGGCGCAGGAGGAGACCGGGUUGAAGGCUCUCUAUGAUGAUGGGUUCGGGAGCGUCACCAUGAAGGAUUACCUGGAGGCGGUGAGGGCCAUGCUCAAGGACGACGGCGGGCCACCUCGAUGGUUCUGCCCCGUGGAGUGUGGGCGGCCGGUGGUUGACAAGCCACCUCUGCUGCUGUUCUUGCCAGGAACCGAUGGUGUUGGAAUGGAGCUCAUUUUGCAUCACAAAUCCUUGGGGAUGGUAUUCGAGGUGCGCUGCUUACACAUACCAGUAAAUGAUCGCACACCAUUUGGAGGGCUACUACAAAUUGUGGAAGAAUCUAUCAAGUCUGAGCAUGAUUCUUCACCACACAGACCAAUAUUUGUCAUUGGAGAUUCUCUUGGUGGAUGCUUGGCAAUUUCAGUAGCAGCUCGUAACCCAAAAGUUGAUUUGGUUCUUGUAUUAUUAAAUCCAGCGACGUCUUUUGCCCAAAGUCCGGUGCAGACAAUGUUGCCUCUUUUGGAAUUGGUGCCAAGCAACCUUGCAAUCACAAAUCCACACCUUGUUAGAUAUUUGAUUGGUGAACCUCUUAAGAUGGCAAUGACAGAAAUUCAGAAGGAUUUGUCUUCUCAGCGGGCUCUGCAAAUGUUUACAGACAGUCUUGGUUCUAUGCUAACCUUGUCUUCAGAAAUUGGAGAUAUCAUAAGAAUGGAUACCGUUAUGUGGAAGCUCAAGCUGCUUAAGUCAGGUGCAGCCCAUGCCAACUCUUGUAUUCAUGUGGUACAAGCAGAAGUUCUACUUAUUGUCAGUGGGAUUGAGAAUCUACCCUCAAGCGGAGAAGCAGAUGGACCGUUUAAGAUGCUGAAAAAUUGUAAGAUUAGAUACUUUAGGAACCGGGAUCACAGUCUACUCAUGGAUUAUGACUUCAAUCUGCUAACUGUCAUAAAAGGGGUCAACAUGUACCGCCAUGGUCGAAAACGGGACUUCGUGACUGAUUUCCUUCCACCUACACUUAGUGAGGUUAAGAGAACAUUGGGUGAAGAUUUCAAACAGUACAAUCAUAUACUGAGCCCAGUAAUGUUGUCUACUCUGGAGACUGGAAAAAUUGUUCGGGGUCUAGCCGGUGUUCCUGACAAAGGCCCUCUCUUGUUUGUGGGUUAUCACCAAUACUUUGGAAUGGAGACUCCUUCCAUUAUUGAGGGUUUCUUGAGAGAGAAGAAAACAAUUAUGCGAUCAUUAGCCCACCCGUUAUUUUUUGCUGGAAAUGAUUGGACUUUGCGCCAGGAGUUGUCUCUGUUUGAUGUAGUAUCUAUGUAUGGUGGAGUACCAGCCAGUCCAGUCAAUAUGUACAAGUUAUUCAAGAGAAAUGAAUAUGUCAUAGUCUUUCCAGGUGGUGCUCGAGAAGCUCUACACAAGAAGGGUGAAAGCUACCAGUGCUUUUGGCCAGAUAAACAAGAAUUUGUAAGGAUGGCAGCUCGGUUUGGAGUUACUAUCAUACCAUUUGGUUGUGUUGGAGAAGAUGACUUUGUUGAGAUAGUUCUGGAUUACAACGAUCAAAUGAACAUCCCCUGUCUCAGAGACUGGAUAAAAUCACUCAAUGACGAUCUUCCAAGUGUAAGGGAUAGUAUCACAGGAGAGGAUGGGAAUCAUGCCUUACAUGUGCCUGCCGUUCUCCCUAAAGUGCCAGGUCGCCUAUACUUUCUAUUUGGCAAGCCAAUCGAGACCAAAGGAAUGGACAAUCUGCUCUUGGACAAGAAACAAGCAAACGAACUUUAUCUACAAACAAAAUCGGAAGUGGAGAAUUUAAUGUCUUAUCUUAAGAGGAAGAGAGAAGAAGAUCCUUUCCGGAGUAUAACGCGGCGAACAUUGUACCAGGUGACAAGGGGUGCAUCCGCUCAGGUGCCUACUUUUGAGCUGUAAAAAUCGGGUGUGGGUGCGUGCACCUUUCUAUACGGUGGUAUCGCCGUUUAGAAAAUCUCGUGCAACUACACAACAACGAGGAUGUAGUGUAUUUGGAAUAAACUACGUACACAAUGUCCAACAUUGCUCUGUACUUCAGAAUA